AUGUAAAUGACGCCAUAAGACCGCGACAGUGUUGUGGGCGGUGAUGAUGAAACUUCCAGGAAUGUUUCUGUCCUGUUAACACGUUAACACCUCGCAAGAUGCUGGUUUUACGUAAAUGUUUUUCAACAGUUCGUCCAUCGGAGUCCACGAGGGUAAUACUGACCGUGAGUCAGUUGUUUCGGAGUCAUCACGGACGUCCGAUACAGUCUAGGAUCUGUGCGGGGUUUCACUGUCAUCCCACAGGACCUCUGACCACCACAACAGCCAGGAGGACCGGAGCUGUUUUCUCACAAUGUCUGUUACCUGCUGACAUUUCUGAAUCCAUUUUCAGCAGCUGUAGAGGGCUGUCAACUUCACGGAGUUUAAGAAAUGACUCCAUUGGAAAAAUCCAGUCAACGCACUAUCAGCUUGUCUACACCUGCAAGGUACGAGGGUCUACGGUGGCCGAGAACCGCCACUGCUGCACAUAAAAAAGAAUGGGGGGAAAAAAAGAAGUCACAAUGAAAGUUACAGAUGCAAAAAGAAACUAAAGAAAUAAUCGCACGAUAAAAACGUUCAUCCCCAAAGGGAAAUUCAAUUGUCUGUAGUCUCAUUUGUUAUGUCUCUAAAAGUCAUCUACUAUUUACAGGAAAAUUAAACAGUCUGAUAGCUGUGGGUGCAAAAGAUCUUCUGAAUCUUCCUGUCCUGCAGCGAAGAGAGAGGAGCUGUCUAAAUGAAAGGAGCUCUUCUCUUGAGUAAACUCUUCGCUCAGCAGAGUACCCAUCAGCAGCCAACAAGAAAACAACAAAAAUAGAUAAUGCAGAGAGACCAGACUUGCAACAACGUCUCGGUUCAAGUGCAUCAUUUGAAUAUUUUACGAUCUAGGCACAGAAGACAGCAGCGAGAAGACGAGCAAAGACGUAAGUGAAAAGGUUAUUGUUUAAUUUUGCUUCGUGUACUUUUCAGUGUGUCAUUUGGUUAGGCCAUGUCGUGCCUGAGUUGAUAUGAAGUUGAUCUGUAGGAUGCCGGUGCAGUGUUAGCUUCAGUUCAGCUUCAUAUCGACUCCGGCGCUACAUGACCUAACCAAAUGACACAUUGAAAAGCACAUGAAGCGAAAUCAAACAAUAACCUCUCCACUUACUUCUUUGCUUGUCUUCUCACCAUUGUCUUCUGUGCCUGGAUCGUAAAACACCGGUGCAUCAUCAUUAUUGGUCCCCGGCAGCUCACUUCUGUUGUUGCUUAUUUUUAUUUUUAUUUGCACCAUUUCUUUUUUUAUUUGCAGCGGGCUUUGGUUUCUGUCUUUUUAUUUUUUUUUUGCAUCGGUAACUUCCGUUGUGACUAUUUUUUUUUUUGCUUUCUUCUUUAUUUGCAGCGGUGGCGGUUCUCGGCCACCAUAAGGACCAGCCUGGAGACUAAAAAAAAAAAUAGAAUUAGAUUAAGAAAACAGUUUCAGUUUGUUUUUGUGCUGUGAAAUUUCAAAGCCUGAUUUACAGACUGGUUAUUUUUGCAGGUUUGCUCCACGAGGUCUAUGGAGAAGAUAUCUAAGCUGGCUUAUCACAAAGGGGUUGUCAUAGUAACGUGUCCAGGAUGUGAAAAUCAUCACAUCAUCGCUGACAACCUCAAAUGGUUUUCUGACCUGGAGGGAAAGAGGUCAGUGGUGCUUUCUGACAGCCUGGUGGCUUUCAACAACUUUCAACACCGUCUAUGUAGAUUUAAGAGCUGUAGGGUCAUCUAACAUGCCAUUUGAUUAUAUAAACUACAAAUUUUUAAGCAUUCGAGCUCCCAUCCCGUGCCAAAAUAUAGUAUAAUGCUUGAGUACAGUGUAGUACAUGUUAGAUAGACUUGAUGGCUCACUCUAGUGGACAAAUCAUAUACUUGCAGCUGUGUACAAACCUCUAACCAACUUCAAUUUCAUUUAAUUGCUGUUAUUUAAAAACAGUAAUGCUGAUAUUAACAUGUUUCUCUGGUUUAACUCAAGAGUUAAAAGAGUUUGGUUUAGAUCUGGAUGUGUUGCUAAUAACAUUUAAGUGUAAUGAUAACAUUAUUCAGUGUUCUUUAUGCUGUGAAAUUCAGUGGUUUGUGUCUGAAAGUAGUUCAAGAGUGAGAAUGUUCUUAGGUCUAAUUUUAUUUUGCAAGGUUACCGAUGAACGUUUUUUUUUUUUUACCCUUUUACAAGCUGGUGAGCAGACAUCUUUGGUUGACAACUCUACUUUUGAACUCUGACUGUCUGGUGCAUUUUGUCGCUUUUCCUUUCAGGAAUAUCGAAGAAAUCCUUGCUGCCAAAGGAGAGACUGUGAAAAGGGUUGAAGGAAGUGCUGCUUUGGAGAUAGUCCUGGAUGAGUCCAACAAAGACACAUCUCAGUCUGCGGAUGAAGACAUAAAAAAGGCAGAAAACAACCAAGAAAAACAAUAAUGACAUUGUGUAAUAUGUUUUAUUUAUGUAUUAGAAGUUUCAAUGUUUAAUUUUAUAAUAAACUCAAAUCCUUUGUAAUGUUUGUUGUUGUGGAUUCAGAGCAGGAA